GCCUUACCACGAACCAUGACCCCACAACAUCAUCAUCGCCUCCUCCUGCCAGCCCCUUAACGCCUUCGCACCACCGCGCUCGCUCAUUCUCCCCGCGGCCCCGUCGGUACAAGAGCUGGACUCGAGCACCGCGACCAGGCCAUCUAUUCGCCGGCACUAGCUUCCUCUCAUUCCAACACGUUGCACAGCUACCACCCGACAUGCACUCCGUCUGGUGACCGUCGUGAACCUAUCCACCCUCCAACACCAUCCCGCACCACCCAGCCAUGUCGUCGCAGCUCUCUACGGAUCCAUUGAUCCCUGCGACGCACGCGGACGCCACGUCGGCGCCGCAAAAGGAGGGAGCGGCGGCGGAAGACAAGGGCGGCAAGGGGGCAGGAGGGAAACGGAGAUUCUUUGGCUUGGGCAAGAAGAAGGACGGCGACAAGGCGGGUGAUAUGGCGACGACAACUACUCCUCCUCCUCCCACUGCUGCUGCGCCAUCGUCUGCUGCCCAAACAACCCCAAGUCCAGCGCCUCGCACCACCACCACCUCCACGCUCCAGCCCCUCCCCUCCCCCUCUCGCACCAACCCCUACCCCGCCGGUAUCGCCGUCUCCCCCUCGCGCCUCCGCUCCGCCUCGCCCGCCAGAAGACACAGUCCCGCAUCGAGCGAGAUCUUCGAGCGCAACGUGCAGGACCCCGCCGAAAUCGCGCAGCUGCACGGCGAGCUCGACCCGGCGCACAUCCCCUCGCACGUCAUCACGGAAGACCGCAUUCCGCCGGCGCUCGAAGCGUCGGCGCAAGCCAUCACGCAGGAACUGAACCCCGACGAGGUCGAGAUUGUCACUUCCGCCUCCCACCAGCCUGCCGCUGCCGCCGUGCUCGACCCCUCUGCCAGCCAAGCGGAUCUCGCUUCGCAUUUUGGUGCUGCAGGCGGCGGGCCCCUCUCGGCCGUGACAUCGCACGACUCGGGCGACAUGCCCGGCCAAUCCUCCAUCCACCACUCCGGCAUCCUGCCCGCCGCCCCGCUCCUCUCGCAUGAAGAAGACGGCGCAAGCACCUACGGCCAACUCGACCCCACCGACGUGCGUCGCCUCUCCUUCAUCUCUUUCGCCGACGUCGUGCAGAGCGAGCACCAACAUCAAGCCGGCGAUCCCGCAACAGCAGCAGGCGGGAGUACCUUCCCGCACCUCGCCGCUGCAACCAGCCACGGCAGUCGACCGCGCGCCGGCUCCCCGCUAGCCUCGUCUCCGCCUCUCAACGCCUCCGUGCCCGCGAGCGCAGUCAGCGGCCUCGCCACUCCGCCAGCGCUAGGCAGUCCGUCAGCCGGCGGGGGAGCAGGAGGAGGCUACCACGAGCACUCUCCCUCGCCGCCCACGCACGGCGAACUCACGAUCGAGACGCUACGGCAGGCGGUGCGCAAGACUGCGAGCGGCGAUUUGAGCGGGCACGCGGGCGCCGGCACGCGCUCGGCGGGCAUGAGCAGUCCUGUUUCCGAGGAGCCGUUGUCUGGUGCCGGGGUGGGGAGUGCGCCGCGGAGUCGGACGAAUUCUUGAGCGCGUUCGUCGCUCUCGUCACGGGUGGUUCGUGAGGAAGCUUCUUCUCCAGUAUGCAUGCUUUUCGGUUGUAGUCUGCUUAAUCGGCAGGCUGAUAGGGUUUGUCAUUUUUUCUGUCUUAUGGAGGAGAUUGGACGAUAGGCUGGCGAGGGAAGAGAGAUUGGAUACAACAUUGCAAGCCGUAGCCCGUUGCGACAGAGCAGGAGGCACAGAGACAGACUUGCGUCGAAACUUGAUUGCUACGAACACUUUCU